UCAUGAACUUGUCUCCAGAGCCCCCCAUGCUUUUACUCGAUCUCUGCAUUAGACUAGCUACUGCUCAGCCCGACCGGAGCGAGAUGAGAUGUGUAAAGAAACUUACGAAUGAAUCGGUACCUUUUCCUACAUCAUACAGUCCGCUUGAGAGAGUACGGUGCUUUCAGGUAUCUAAUAAAGAGGAUAAAUAUGAGGUGAGCCUCCCAAAUAUGAUAUCGCUCUCUCAAGCCUCAAGCCGACAGCAAUUUCUUAAGCAUUCCACCAACUUACCGCCCACUACACAUUCACCCAGAUAUUUGAAGUAAUACAUCAGAAUCCUCCAAAUAAGCAAAAUGGUUACCGCCGGCCCUCAUUCCGACUCUUCCUCUCGAGGAGCUUCCCCAGGCAACAUCGAUGCUUACGCUCUCUUCGAGGCCUUGACCGGCCGCAAGAUAGACAAGCUGUCCCUGUCUUCCCGAACCAUGACCGAGGACUACGAAGACCUCGGCGACGACCGUCCCUUACUGGGCCAGGAACCCUCUCCUGACGAGCCCCCCAAGGACGUCAACAUUGGCGCCAUCAACCCGUACGCCCUAGUCGAGGCCAUGAUCGGCCACAGGCUAGACCGCCGCUCGCUCUCCACGGCGCGCAUCAUCUCCGACGUCCUGCAGACCGACUACGAGGAGCUCUUCGACCUGAAGCACAACUCCGUCCUAUUCGCCGGCCUGAAGCUCAACAAGGAGAACCGCGAGGCCGAGGAGCUGUCCGAGAAGGAGAUCCAGAUCCUCGAGGAGCGUGACCUCGUCACCCCUGACCUGUCCCGCCUCAGAAAGCUCGAGGACCUCGAGAAAAUCGGGCUUAAGCAGGUCGGCGACACCCGCAUCAAGAUGGCGCGCAUGCAGAACGGCAAGCUGCGCCUCAUUCUCGACGGUCAGUCCCUCGGGAAGACCAUCGGCAACCACGAUGUCACCGAGACCAUCAACGACAUCGUCCUGCCCUUCCGCCACGGCAAGGAAGACCGCGAGUUCACCCCGCCAAACUCCACCUGGCGCGACAUGAACGACACCAUAUUCCGCGGCUUCCCGCGCCGCUUCAUGAUGGACGGACCUCCUUUUGCAAUGUUCGGCGGGAACCGCCACGGCAACAGCGAGCAGCACCACCACCACCGCUUCGACGACCCGACGCAGGGAGCGUCGUCUAACAGCUGGCUCAUCGCCGCCAUCUUCUCCGUCUUCUGGGCGAACCCGGCCAUGAUCAACCGCAACACGCGCAGCAUGGUCGCUUCUCCUCCCAUGGAGCUGGGGCGCAACCGGCGGACGCUCGAGGUCAAGUUCCACGACAAGGGCGGGCGCAACAACGCCGAGACCGGCACCGUCGAGGUCGACUACCAGGUCCCCAUCAACAACUCGACCGAGAUGCCCGUGUACGCGCGGUCCAGCGACGGCUACGAGGCGUGGCCCGCGCUGUACGAGAAGGCGUUCAUCAAGUGGAUGACGCGCGGUGGCGGAAACAACAACAACAACAACAACAACGACAACAACAACAACAACAACAACAACAACAGCAACGGCAAGAACAGCAAGGCGCAGAGCGACCACGACCACGUGGACAUGACGCAGGCGCACAACGGCGACCCGAUCAAGGCGAUGGCGCAGCUCAACGGGCGCGAGCCACGGUACUACUUCACGUCGAAGCACUCGGGCGCCGAGCUCGCGGGGCUCGUGCGCAGCUGCAGCGUGAACAAGCGGACCAUCUCGCCCAUGGCCGCCUGGACCCACGCGACCGGCGACACCUUCCGCGGCAGCAACCUCGUCGCCAACCACGCGUACUCGGUGCUCGGCUGGGUGUCCGAGGGGCAGGCCUACAGCAACAGCAACAACGACGACAGCGACGGCGACGGCGACGACCACGGCAGGUCCCAGUACAUCAUCGUGCGCAACCCCUGGGGCGUCACCGAGCCCCGCGGCCUCACCAGCUACCCCGGCCUCCUCGACCGCGUCGAGCCCGAGUUCUGGCCCCCCGCCGCCCUGCUCGACCGCGACGGCGUCUUCAGCGUCGAGGUCCACGCCUUCAAGAAGUACUUUGCUUGCAUUGGUGUUGCGAAGUAGAUGGCUUUGCUUGCUGGCUGGCUAAAGGCUGGAGGCUGGAGGCUAGUUAAUUUAGUCGCUGACGGUAACAUCUAGGUAAUCUAAUCUAGGUAUCUGCUUUAUUUGUUUUAUGUACUUAAAAAUAUAUUAAAUUUUGACUUGACUUUUGACUUUAAAAAAAACAUCUGAAUUCUUGAAAAGACAAAACUCUCCCCGGGACACUCACUAUAGGAGGAGGUAAAUUCGCAACAUUGUGAAAAAGGGGGGGGAGGGGGGGAGGCAGGGAAAGGGAUUUUGCCUUUUUGGAUAUUUAAUAAGAAAAGUGGUACUUACUUUACUUACUUACCUACCUACC